GGGUUUGGAGGUUAAGUUCAAAUCAUCAGUGUUCUGCUUUUUGUGAACUGACGUGUAAAGUGAAUGUUUUCAAACAAUGAAUUAACAAUUGCUUGGCCUUUGUGCAAAAAAUUGACUUAGAUAAACUGCAACUCCGCACCUGUGUGACAGCAAUGAUCUUUAGAUAAGUUUGUUCAGAAGAUGGAUAAAGCUCAAAUCACGUUAAACUCGAAUGAUGUGAAACAGGAGAACAAUGUAGUCGCCAAAAAGGAGAAACUGCCUGAUGUGGACACCCACAAAGCCGGACUUGCUAAUUUCAGAGCGAUACUUUUCCUGCUUUUGUGGUACUUUUUCAGUGGUUGCACUUUGUUUUUAAAUAAGUAUAUUUUGACGUUCCUGAAUGGAAACCCCACUGUCUUAGGAGCAUGUCAGAUGCUGAUGACGGCCACUUGUGGCUUUGUGCAAUUGUACUUCCCUUGUGGGAUGUAUAAACCGUCCCAAAGGUUGAGCAAACCACCUGGGUUUUACAGGCAUAUGGUUUUGGUUGGGUGCACAAGAUUUCUCACUGUGGUUUUGGGUUUGGUAGCUCUAAAUUACGUGGCAGUGAGUUUUACUGAAACAAUCAAAAGUUCGGCACCUUUAUUUACAGUAUUGAUAUCUAGGUUUCUUCUAGGCGAGCAAACGGGGCUCUAUGUGAAUCUGAGUCUGUUGCCUGUGAUGUCUGGAUUAGCCCUGUGUUCAAUUAAUGAGAUUAGUUUUGAAAUUCGUGGCUUUAUAGCUGCAAUGGCCACAAACUUGACUGAAUGUAUACAAAAUGUGUAUUCAAAAAUGUUAAUAUCGGGAGAUAAGUUCAAAUACACACCUGCAGAGCUUCAAUUUUACACCAGCAUCGCAAGUGUAGUUAUCCAAGUUCCAGCCACAUUGUUUUUAGUAGAUUUCACCCACAGCAAGCCGAUUGACUUGAACAUAAUUUUUUGUUUCAUGUUGAAUGGUGUUUUUUUCCACUUUCAGAGCAUAACAGCGUACGUUUUAAUGGACUAUAUUAGUCCGGUGACCCACAGUGUGGCAAACACAGCAAAAAGGGCUCUUUUAAUCUGGCUGUCUGUCGUCAUGUUUGGAAACCAAGUUACAGUAUUGAGUGCUGUAGGAACCAUAACUGUGAUAGCGGGAGUAUUUAUGUACAUCAAGGCCCAGGAAUAUGAUGAUCGAUUGAGUUCUGUUAAUUUAAUUCAGAGGAAGGUUCGUGCAAUUUAGGAAAUUUGGAAUAAAUUAAUGUCAAUUUUGAGAAAUCUUCCACAAAUUGAUUGGUUGUUGUAAGACAGGGUCCAAAUUUUGUUUCAAAAUAUUCGCUGGCUCAAUUUGCAUAACUUGAUGUAUUUUUACCAUUAUUUAUUUUAUUUAUUUAAUAAUAAAGUGAGGUUUUAUGGUUGUGUAAAUUUGCAAUAUUUAAGGAUACUUUGUAACAUUCCGUGAAAAUGUACAUAUUGUAACUACAUUUUUAUACUGUAAAUUGUUUAUAGUAUUGAUGAUUAAAUUGUUGAUUUAUAUUUGA